AUGGCAGAUGCCGAGCAGGGAAAUCUGGAGCCACCCGUACGGAAGAGCAUCGAUGACCCUGGAGCACACGAUCUAGAGUCCUCUGAAUCCGAUGACCACUUCUCUGAUGCCCAGUCUGGCCUCGAUCCGCCAUCCGGAGUCGCUUCUCCGAUACCUCAUACGAGAGUCGAGAGAGUCGACGACAAGCCAAGCUAUGGUGAAGACCCCGAAACCAAGGCUUACCACACGCGAGAGCAAGAUGCUGUGCCGGAUGAGAUAGAAAUAGUUCCUGAGGGCAAGCACUCUGGGACCACUUCUCCCCAUCCCCCGGGAACGUCCACUCCUGGUGGACAGCCAAUUCCCAUGACGGUGGUUGAGAAGAUUGACCCCGAAAUCCCAACUUAUGGUGAAGUCCCAGGAACAGAGGCGCACGAGAAACGUUUGGCAGAUGCAGUCCCGGAUCUUGUGGUCCGGUCUGGAUCACGCAGCCGUGCCUCUACUGUGACCCGGUCAAGGGCCGGUAGCACUCCUGGCGAUCUUCCGAUUCCCAUCACCAAAGUGGAGAGAGUCGAUUCUAUGCCAAGACAUGGAGAAGUUCCUGGCACAAAGGCUUACGAACUGAGGAAGGAGGAUGCAAAGCCUGACGUAGUAGAAGAAGUCGGCGACGUUGCAGGUAAGGAGAUUUCUGCAUCUCGUGCUUCAGAGCGAUUGACCGAGUCAGGGUCGCCAACGUCUCCUGCUCCUAGGUCCCCUCCCGUAAGCCACACGAGACGGAAAUCUUCUGCAGCAGCGAGGAAGGGGGAUACUGCAGCUACAGAUGACUACGACGAGGCUGAAGAUGGGUCGGAGGGCGGGUUUGGAGAUGAUUUCGAUGAUUUCGAAGAGGGGGAGGAAGAUGCUGAAUUUGGUGAUUUCGAUGAUGGUUUUCAGGAGGCAGCACCAGCUCCACCUCCACCUCAAUUUAUACCUGUCAUUCCCGCAUUUCCAGUCCUAGACUUUUCAGAUCUUGAUUCGCCAGAAGAGAUCCAAGCAGCAACAGAACUAUAUAUGAACGCCCUCUUCCCACCUGACACAAUCGACACCUCAGUUCUUCCACCCCUCACCGCCGAGAAUCCCAUAUUCCUGACUCCUAGAAGUGCCUCACUCUGGUCCCAACUUGUGGCCCCACCACCCCUCCAACCCCCAAACUGGAUCCGUUCUCGAAUACGACGCCUGUUUCUAGUCUCACUUGGUGUUCCAGUCGACCUAGAUGAGAUCCUUCCAGCAUCCAAGCAAAAGAAACUUAUUCUACCCUCCAUGAACUUGAAUCCUCCCUCUGGCUCUCCACGCAACUCUACAGACUCCCGACUCUCACGCCUCAAGCAAAGUGAUGGCAACGCAUCUUCCACGUCUGUUGAUUCUCAAGGCAAGCAACGAUCGGAAUCACGGCGGAGGAAAGGCCCGCCACCUGCUCCACAACUGGACCUGGUAUCCGCAAGGCAGUUAUGUACCAUUACGAACGAAGCACUGAAUGGUCUUACAAUAGAAGAGUUGAAAGAGCAUGUGAAGAAGUUGGAAGAGAUGCAGGGAACAGCGAAUGAGGUGUUGGAAUACUGGACCAAGAGGACGGAUGAGAAGUUAGGGGACAGAGAGGCGUUUGAGGGUGUAAUUGAGAAUUUGGUGAAGCACGCGAGGAAGACACGGAAGUAG